AUGCCUCAGAUCCCUCUACUACUUUUUGCACUUUUUUGUUGUGCUGUCUAUUCGGAAUCUAGCUGCUAUUGUGGGUACCGUCGAUCAGGGAUGCUAAUUACUCUUCGGUGCGCUUCCGAUCCUGCCGAACUUCCAAAGUCACUCUUUACUCCAGUUCUUUGUGAAAGAAUGGGUGGAAUAGUCCGCAUUGGAGAUUCAAGUAGCGUAACAGCGAUUCGAGAAGAGACCGGUGCUUUGGGGAUGGCUAUCGAACCAUAUGGACUCAGUCAACUGGAAUUCGCAGAACCAGUUGUUAAAGUCCAGCUCAACUUCCCCCUGCAAGCUAAGCUUCUUGAUGCUCUUGCUUUUGCGGGUCUUCCACAUUUAGUAACUCUUCAUGCUUGGAGAGCUCCGAUUGCUCUUGAUGGAUGCUCUUUGGCAGGAUUAGCGCGUUUGGAAAAUAUUGUUCUCAGUUGCGGUUCCAUGUUCUCUAGAUUUAUAACCUUUGGAUCAUCCUUCAAGAGUAUCAGAUUGAUUGGCUGUCUCGGAAGACCACUUCAAUUCAUUUGCACUCAAUGCACUCAGAGACCAGAUAUCAGUGUUCUUCGAAUACUUCCGGGUCCACCUUCACCCGGGGGAAUAAUAACUUUUGAAAGUUGGUGGAACUCCUCCCAUUCAGAAAAUUCAGUAGCUCUUGGAAAGUGUCGUCCAGGAGUAUGUUCAGAUGAUCAUAUUUGCCGCCAUAAUUACCCACUCAAACUUGCUCGUGGAUAUCAACCUAGAAAGCCUCUGACUUAUUCCACCCUGGUGCCUUUAACAAUUCCCACCCUCUCAAAAUCUACACCAUCCUCAUUUAUCUCCAUAUUUCUGCCCAUUCUUGGAUUUAUUCUUGUUAUUUCAAUUGCCCUUUGCCUUUUGAUGUCUCUUCGGAUAUCGAAAAAACUCCGAAGGAAGCGGAAGAUGGUGCACAUGGAAAGCAGAGGAGGUGAUAGGCAAGAUCUCAGUGCUCUGUCUGAAUCCGAUCGAACUCACUCAGUGCCUUUGAAUAGAUCUACCUCAAUAAAUAAAACUUAA